AUGCCUGAGAGCCGCGACCCCGGCGUCAGCUGGCGCGGCCGCUGUGUGGAGUUCUGCCGCGGGUUGAGGCGGAGGGCGGGAGGGGAUGAGUUGGCGCUGAGUGUGCUCCGCUCGCGCGCUGCGGCUGCGCGUUUUUUGGGCCGUGGCGGCUGCGUGACUCGCGCCGGCCACGUGUUGCUCGCGGGCCGCCGUGUAAACAGCCCGGCCUGCCUGCCUUCCCGAAAUAGCGGCGCGAGCCCCGGCCGCGGCCGGCGUUCCCACGGCCCGGGCCUGCGCAACAUAGCACGCGUCACGGCGCGCCGCAGCCGCGACAAAAGACAGGCAGCGGACACGGAGGUUGCGGCACGCAGUCUGUGUAUGCAGGCCGCCAAGGCCGAGCUGCGUGCCUGUGCGUGCGAUAUGUGGGCCAGCGGGUCCCGGGAAGAGGCUGCGGGCAAGGUCAGGGCGACAGCUGCCGGCGCCGAGCCGCGGGAGGCCGUGACUAAUGAGGCGUCCCGCGUGCCGGGGUCUGGCAACCCGUGGGGCCCUUUGGCAGCCAGAGGAGGCGCGUCCCACGGCCGCUGGCUCGUGCAGGCGCCCGCAAGGCCGCAGCUCCGUGGGAAGGCCAGGAGAGGCGAGGCGCUGCCGCUGCCGCUGCCGCCGGCGCGGCCGGGCGGCGUGUGCGGCGCGCGUGCGUGGCUGGCUGCCAGGGCCGCGCCGUUCCCACGGUCCGCCACCGGCGCGGCGACACCUGCUGCUGCUGCUGCUGCAGGGGCCCGCUGGGGGAGCCCGGCGCCUCCCGCCUCUCGCUUUGUUCUGUCGGAUCCUGUUGCCGCGCCCUCCCCGCCACACCUGCCGCACCGUUAG